GUGGCGGUAAAGCGCGAAGACGUAGUUUGCCAACCACAACUACAACUCAAAGAAGAAGAACACUUCCGGUUGACUCUCCCGCAGCCACAGCCUCUUGAUGCUGCCCAGUGUUGUCCACUUGGCUCGGCCCGUCUCCAUCCGUCUCGCCUUUAUGCGGCCUCUGGCCCACUUCAGACCACACAUGGACCCAGACCCAAGCCGCCCUGUUGAGAGGGCUAUCAGGACCAAACUAACCAACGCACUAAAGCCGGAUCACUUAGAAGUUCUUAAUGAAAGCCACAUGCACGCUGUGCCCCCUGGUUCCGAAUCCCAUUUCCGUGUCCUGGUCGUGAGCUCCCAGUUUGAGGGUCUGCCGCUGAUUCAGCGUCACCGUAUGGUUAAUGAGACUUUGAAGGAUGAGUUGAGUUGCCGCAUUCAUGCACUGGCCAUUCAGGCUAAAACUCCUGCACAGUGGGGGAGUAACCCUACACUGGCGAAGAGCCCACCGUGCAUGGGAGGGUCGAAGGGAGAUCACACUGUGGACCAGAAACUCAAGACUGGACAAGAAUAAGUCGAGACUGGGUCAGGAUCCACAGAUGGCUUCUGGGAGGAUUUGUUUGGGUCACCCACAGUACCCCUCUAUGCCACACGAGGGAGCUGGUUCAUUUUCCACUGCAUACAACAAGUCCUUUUUGUAGCAGUAUAUUCUCUUAAAUGUAACAUAUUUAAUAUUUAACUGUCAAAUUAGUCUUUGUUGAUCGCUCUCUCCCAACAGGUGGAUUGCCAGCAAAUGUAGUAGUGACAUACUGUACAUUAUAAAGAUAUAUAUAUAUGUGU